AUGAAAAGCUUCACUCGGGCAGCAGCUUUGCUCGCUGCCUCUCUGGGCCUUGCCGGCGCAGCUACUGUCAAUUACGACUUCAACAUCACUUGGGUCACGGCCAAUCCGGACGGAGCAUUCCCGCGUCCCGUCAUUGGUAUCAAUAACCAAUGGCCCAUUCCUCAGAUCGAGGCCAAUAUCGGUGAUCGUGUCGUCAUCAACGUCAACAACCAGCUCGGUAAUCAGUCUACUUCUUUGCAUUUCCACGGCAUUUACCAGAAUGGCUCGACACACAUGGAUGGUCCGGUAGGCGUGUCUCAGUGCCAGAUCCCUCCAGGAUAUUCUUUCACGUACAACUUCACGAUCAACCAGCCGGGCACAUAUUGGUACCACUCUCAUCACAAUGCCCAGUAUCCCGAUGGCCUCCGCGGUCCUCUCAUUGUUCACGACCCCAAGUUUCCUUACCAAAAGGAAGUCGACCAUGAGCUUGUUCUAACUCUGUCAGACUGGUACCAUGAUCAAAUGGCCACUCUUCUCCCAACUUUCCUCACAAAGAACAACCCAACGGGUGCUGAGCCGGUGCCCAAGGCCGUGCUCAUGAAUGAAACCCAAAAUCUGACCAUUUCUGUGGAGCCCAACAAGACUUACAUGUUCCGCGUUCUCAACAUUGGCGCCUUUGCUGGACAGUACGUCUGGAUAGAAGGACACACGAUGCGCAUCAUUGAAGUUGACGGCAUAUACACCGAAGCCGCUGAAGCUGAGAUGGUCUAUAUCGCCGCUGCUCAGCGUGUCAGCUUCCUCCUUACGACCAAGAACGAUACCUCUGCCAACUUUCCCAUCAUCUCUAGCAUGGACACUACUCUGUUUGAUACUUUGCCCGAGGAUCUCAACUACAACGUCACGGGAUGGUUGACAUAUGACUCCAAAGCUAACUUCCCUGACGCCGCCAUCAUCGACGAACUCAACCCUUUUGACGACAUGGACCUUGUGCCGUACGACAAGAUGAAGCUGCUGCCUGAGCCAGACCAGGUCGUGCAGCUCGACAUCAUCAUGGACAAUCUCCGCGACGGAAAGAACUAUGCCUUCUUCGACAACAUCACCUACACUCCGCCCAAGGUGCCUACUCUCUACACGGCCCUCUCCACAGGCGACCUCGCAAACAACCCCGCCGUCUACGGAGAGUUCACCCGCUCCUUUGUUCUGCAAAAGGGCGAAAUCGUCCAGAUUGUCGUCAACAACCUCGACUCUGGCCGUCAUCCCGUCCAUCUCCAUGGUCACGCGUUCCAGGCCAUUCACCGCUCCGAGGAAGAGGCCGGUACGUUUGCGGAUGAGAAUCUCUCCGAGAGCGACUUUAUAAGCGUGCCUAUGCGGAGAGAUACCCUCGUCAUGUGGCCGAAUGGCAAUAUCGUCAUGCGCUUCAAGGCUGAUAAUCCUGGCAUUUGGCUCUUCCACUGUCAUCUUGAGUGGCACGUUGCCUCUGGUCUUCUCGCCACCUUUGUCGAAGCCCCUCUCGACAUCCAGAAGCAGUUGACCAUUCCCGAUGACCACCUCUCUGUCUGCGAUGCUUCCAAGACACUCACAAAGGGCAACGCCGCAGGCAACACCGUCGACUUCUUGGACCUCUCCGGCCAGAACAAGCCUCCUGGCACAAUCCCUAGCGGCUUCACUCCCCGCGGCAUCGUCGCCCUCGUAUUCAGCUGCAUCACCGGCAUCCUUGGUGUCAUCGUCGUCGCCUGGUACGGCCUCUCCACGCCCAUGGAGAUUGUACCACUCGAGGUCUCACACAUUAUCGAAAAGUCUGACGCUGCUCAAACAGCCAGCGGGGUCGCUGGCGGUGCAUUCAAAGACGAAGUGCUGUCGAGCCAUAACGCUAUCGGCGAGGGUUCUUCGUCAAGAAGGUGA